AUCAUUUACAAUACACAUACACACCAAAUACAAGUCGAGUCCAGUGAGCACAUACCAAAUGGAGGAUUCGGGCAUGAGCAAGACAAUGGGGGGUAAUGCAAGAGGCUCACUUACGCAUGCCCAAGCCCACAUAUGGAAUCACAUAUUCAGUUUCAUCAACUCCAUGUCCUUGAAAUGUGCCCUCCAAUUGGGCAUACCCGACAUCAUCCAUAACCACGGUGGCCCCAUGACCAUCGGCGAGCUUGUCUCGGCACUUUCGGUCCACUCUGGCAAGGCUCAUUGCAUCUUCCACCUCAUGCGCAUCCUUGUCCACUCGGGCUUCUUCGAACAGACAAGCCUCCGAGUAGUUGCCGAGGAUGACCGAGAAGAGGUAGGGUAUGCCCUAAACAAUGUCUCCUCCCUCCUCCUCAAGGACAACCCUUUGAGCACAAGGCCCUUCGCACUCGCGAUGCUGGACCCCACACUGACGGACCCAUGGCACUGCCUGGGCGCCUGGUUUCUGAACGAUGACCCUACUCCAUUCAGCACGGAGCAUGGAUCGCUCAUAUGGGAGCACAUGGGCAAUGAGCCAGAGCAGAACUUGCGCUUCAACAAUGCAAUGGCAAGCGAUGCCAGGUUGGUAGCGACCGAGGUGUUAGGAUCGGAUUGCAAGAGGGCGUUCGAGGGGCUGAGGUCACUGGUGGACGUUGGGGGUGGAACUGGGACGAUGGCUAAAGCGAUCGCGGCGGAGUUCCCGGAUUUAGAGUGCACGGUGUUUGAUCUCCCGCACGUGGUGGCAGGCUUGAAAGGGACCAAGAACGUGAAGUACGUUGCAGGGAACAUGUUCAAGGAAAUUCCACCAGCAGACGCGUAUCUUCUGAAGAUAUACAUAAUUGCCGAUUAACGGGAAAAGUACAUUCCCUUAUAGCAGUGGAUAAUCCAUGACUGGAGCGACGAGGAAAGCUUGAAGAUACUGAAACGGUGCAAAGACGGACUAAGGGAAGGCAAGGGACGCAAGUUGAUUAUUGUCGAUAUCGUGUUGGGAUACUGUAAAGAAGAUGCAGAGUCGGUUGAGACACAGCUCUUCCUCGACAUGCUGAUGAUUGUUUUGUAUAAUGCAAAAGAGCGGACCGAAAGAGAAUGGGCUAAACUUUUUGUCGAAGCAGGUUUUCGUGACUAUAAGAUAACUCCUAUGUUAGGUCUACGGUCUUUGAUCGAAGUAUACCCUUGAAUAUGAUUAAUAUGCCAAUAUUUAUCAUUUUCAGUUUA